UAACUUUAUCCGAAUAUAUACACAAUAUUAUAUAUUAUAAUUAGUUAAGCAUGGAUUGCAAUGAUGACUUAGCGGCAAUUGAUAUUUUGACAUUUAUAACUGAUGAACUGCUGCAAACAUACAAAAGCAGUAAUGGAGAAAAUGAAAAGGCUAGGACAAUUACCAGGUUUCUUGACCGAUGGAAUGACGAUAUCUCCAUUGCGAAACUCAAGGGUCUCGCUCUUGAAUUUGAAACAGAUUUAGACUGGUUUAAUGUAAGUUGUCCUUUAUCGGUAGCAGGAUUGCAAGGAAAAAUAAUUGUAUUAGACUUUUUCACAUAUUGCUGCAUUAAUUGUAUGCAUGUGUUGCCUGAGUUGCACUCAUUGGAAGAACGCUUUCCAAUAGAAAGUGGUAUUGUAGUAAUCGGUGUUCACAGUCCUAAGUUCGAAAAUGAACGCAAUGCGGCAAACCUUCUAUCCGCUGUUCAACGAUAUGGAAUAUCUCAUCCCAUUGUUAAUGAUUCACGAUCUGGAAUGUGGCGCGCUAUAGGUAUCCGCUGCUGGCCAUCUCUCUUGAUUUUAAGCCCAACUGGUGUUCCCAUGAUGUUAUUAAUGGGCGAAGGGCAUGGAAAAUUCCUACAGGAAUUUGUGGCUGCUUCCCUAUCGUUUUUUAGCCGGCAAGGUAAAAUUGACCACAGAGGUCUGCCUAUAAAAUUAUUUAGCGACUUCCAACCGGCGUCCAACUUGCGUUUUCCCUCAAAGAUUGUUCGAAGCCCCAAUGGCCGGUAUGCUAUUGCUGAUACGGGGAACAACAGGGUGCUUGUGCUUACCGGUGGAGGUAUGAUACAACACAAAAUAGGUGGAUACCAGCCUGGUUUCGUGGAUGGAAACUUAACAACAGCACGGUUUAAUAAACCUCAAGGCAUAGCAUUUCUUAAUGAAAACAUUUUGAUUGUAGCGGACACAAAAAAUCACGCCAUUCGUCAAAUCUCUCUUACAAAUGGAAUGGUGGAAACUCUUGCUGGCACAGGCCAUCAGGGAAACGAACGAAUAGGUGGACGUCUAGGUCCAUUGCAACCACUUUCAUCACCAUGGGAUGUUGCAAUAUUUCGAACGCGAGACAUGGAUAUGUCCUUUCAUCUUGAUGAACGUAACAUACUAGAAAAAACAAUAAUGCUUAUAUCCAUGGCAGGCACCCACCAGAUAUGGGGUUAUUUUCCCGAAGGAAUUAUUUGGUGGAAAUUCCGUAAAUUUGAACCCCUUUGCUGUGUCUCACUAAUAGGAAAUGGUUUGGAGGAAAACCGUAAUAAUUCUUACCCACAGAACGCUGCAUUCGCGCAGCCGUCUGGUCUCGCUAUAUCAGGAGACGUUUUAUAUAUAGCUGACAGCGAAAGCUCGAGCAUUCGCAAAGCUUCUAUGAUAGACGGAAAGGUUAUGCCUGUCGUUGGAGGAGAUCGAAACCCACUUAACUUAUUUGCAUUCGGUGACAUUGACGGUAGACUAUUCAACGCAAAACUUCAACAUCCGUUAGGAGUCACUUUCAAUGAUGCCAAUAACAGACUCUAUGUUGCAGAUACCUAUAAUCAUAAAAUCAAAGUUAUUGACAUCGAAUCAAAUGAUAUAUCUACUCUACAAAUUAAAAACCAAGAUAAUACCAACCUGGUUUUAAACGAACCCGCCGGACUGUGCUUGGACGCCAACGGACGGAAUUUGUUGGUAGCUGAUACCAAUAACCAUUCAAUACAUAUUAUAGAUUUGGUAACGCUUAUAGCACAACCAUUUUGUUUAGAUUUCAGCCUAAUUGCGUCCGCUAGUGAAACUGAUGCGCCACAAGAUGCACAAAAAACAAAGGAAAAUAAUAUAAUAAGAACAUUGCCUCUUGAUUUAAUUAAACCAAGCAACAUUUUUUUUAACCUUCGACUUUCGCCGAGACUUAACUUUACAGAGAAAGCUCCUCAAAAGUGGAUACUGAAAAGUGUAUGUCAAUCUGUAAAAGUACAUCCCUCAUGCGGAACUCUACUUGAUGGGACUUGCGACUUGCAGGUGCAGGUUACUAAGCCCGAUUUCUUCUGUGAAAGCAGUCAAAUAUUUACAAUUGAAUUCGUAUUAAAUUUAUGCCUCUCAAAUUGUUGUCUAGUAAAAAAAAUUACAGUUUCUAUAAAACGCAAUGACAUAACAGAACAAUGUAUAUCCAACCACAACGUAAUUAUUGAUAUUGAGCAAUAAAAAAAUGUUUUUUAAAGAAAA